UUCUCCGGUCAAAUUAAGUACUAGUCCAGUUGCAUCAGCUUCUUGCUAUUCAGAGUCCACAGCAAUGGUUUUUGGAGAGUUGUUCAGCCGAGCCUCACUGCCACCACCAUGGAGCCUCCUGGCGUACGGCCUCGUCGGGCCGGUGCUUCUGUGGCAGGCCGGCCGCCUGCUCGACCGGCUGUGGUGGCGGCCGCGGCGGCUGGAGCGCGCGCUGCGCGCGCAGGGGCUCCGCGGCACCGCGUACCGGUUCCUCCUCGGCGACCUCAGGGAGUUCGGCCGGCUCAACGAGGAGGCGUGGUCGUCGGCGCCGCUGCCGCUGGGCUGCCACGACAUCGUGCCCCGGGUCACCCCGUUCGUGCACCGCAACGUGCGGGAUAACGGCAGGCCGUGCUGCUUCUCCUGGUUCGGCCCCAUCCCCAGCGUCACCAUCACCGACCCCGCCCAGGUCAGGGACGUGCUGUCCAACAAGCUCGGCCACUUCGAGAAGCCCAAGCUCCCGGCACUUACCAAGCUUCUCGCCGACGGCCUCACCAGCCACGACGGUGAGAAGUGGGUCAAGCACAGGAGGAUCAUGAACCCUGCGUUCCAUCUCGAGAAGCUCAAGCUCAUGCUGCCGGCGUUUUCUACGUGCUGUGAAGAGCUUGUCGGGAAAUGGAUGGAUUCCCUUGGUCCCGACGGUUCGUGCGAGCUGGAUGUUUGGCCGGAGAUGCAGAGUCUCACCGGAGAUGUCAUCUCUCGCACGGCAUUCGGCAGCAGCUACAGUGAAGGAAGGAGGAUCUUCCAGCUGCAGACUGAGCAAGCUGAGCUCUUCAUAGGAGCCAUUCAGAAGUUCGUCAUUCCGGGUUACAUGUACUUGCCUACCAAAAAGAACAGAAGGAUGCGGAGGAUCAACAGUGAGGUUGAAUCCAUUCUGCGAGGAAUAAUUGGAAAAAGGAUGCAGGCCAUCGCGGAAGGCGAAAGCACCAACGAUGAUCUGCUGGGCCUGCUGCUCGAGUCCAAUAUGAGGCACGCAGACGAGAAUGGACGAUCCAGCCCAGGGAUGACAACUGAAGAUGUUAUCGAGGAGUGCAAGCUGUUCUACUUCGCAGGAAUGGAGACAACGUCAGUGCUGCUCACAUGGACCAUGGUUGUUCUGAGCAUGCACCCGGAAUGGCAAGACCGUGCAAGGGAGGAGGUUCUUGGUCUGUUUGGGAGGGACAAACCUGAGUACGAAGGCCUCAGCCGACUCAAGACGGUCACCAUGGUUUUAUACGAGGUUCUUCGGUUGUACCCGCCGGCGAUCGUCUUCAGCCGGAAGACGUACAAGGAGAUGGAGAUCGGGGGCGUCGUGUACCCCAGAGGCGUGAUCCUCGAACUGCCUGUGCUGUUUAUCCACCACGACCGCGAAAUCUGGGGCAGAGACGUGCACGAGUUCAGGCCGGAGAGGUUCGCCGAGGGGAUCUCCAGGGCGUCCAACGACCGCGGCGCGUUCCUCCCGUUUGGCUGGGGGCCGCGGGUCUGCAUCGGCCAGAACUUCGCGCUGCUCGAGGCUAAGAUGGCCUUGUGCAUGAUCCUCCAGCGCUUCGAGUUCGAGCUCGCUGCGUCCUACACCCACGCACCGCACACCGUCAUGACGUUGCAUCCCAUGCACGGCGCGCAGAUGAAGCUUAGGAUGAUCUAAUCUGGUCGUGAUAUUCGGUCACGUAACAUACUUAUUGUUUCUUGUGACUUGCGUACGGUGUACCUAUGAAAUGCCCUAUGAAAUGAUGCUUUCUUCACUUGUAUGGAUGUUGGAAAUAAAAAUUCAAGGAGAUAUGGGCUUUUGAUUGGCCCAAGUAUUUACUCAUUGAACAA